AUGAGAUGGAUGGGAUGGAAGAAGAACCUGAAUAAUCUUGAAAACAUAAAGCACCUAGAGAACCUAAACCUAGAGAACCUAAACCUAGAGAACCUUAACGUAGAGAACCUAUACCUACAGAACCUAAACCUACAUGACUUAAACUUAAAGAACCUAAACCUAGAGAACCUAAACCUAGAGAAACUAAACCAACAGAACCUAAACCUACAGAACCUAAACCUACAGAACCUAAACCUACAGAACCUAAACCUAGAGAACCUUAGCCUACAGAACUUAAACCUACAGAACUUAAACCUACAGAACCUAAACCUAGAGAACCUUAGCCUACAGAACCUAAACCUACAGAACCUAAACCUACAGAACCUAAACCUACAGAACCUAAACCUACUGAACCUAAACCUAGAGAACCUUAGCCUACAGAGCUUAAACCUACAGAACCUAAACCUACAGAACCUAAACCUAGAGAACCUUAGCCUACAGAGCUUAAACCUACAGAACCUAAGCCUACAGAACCUAAACCUACAGAACCUAAACCUACAGAACCUAAACCUACAGAACCUUAGCCUACAGAACUUAAACUUAAAGAACCUAAACCUAGACUACCUGAAGAACCUAGGAAACCUAAAGAACCUUGCGAGAACAUGA